GCAAACUCCUGCCCUCCUUCCAUCCGGACGCUGUUCGUCCUAUUCGGAAUGACGAGCUUCGUAAUCCCCUGGAUUACAAUUGACUCGACGGCCCGCUUGCAGUUUCCUGCUACAGCGCCCUUACCUCGUUCACAUAUAAAUCUAUACGAUGACUCCCGGCCCCCACCAGUACCACCCACCACCCAAUCCUGGUGGCCCAUUCGGACAGGUCGGGCAUCACCGGCUAUUGUCGAGGUCCCUCUCGCACAGGGUAAAGAGCGGAAUGCUUCAGCAGAUGCUCCUGCCAAAGACGAUGAAUGGAUUCGUGACGAAGAUUAUGUUUCUCCUCCUCCUUCACCGAAUCCCGAUUCACAACGACCACCCACAGUAGCGCAGAUUGAUACUGGAGAGCACGGAAGCGGUCGGUUGUGUUUCUGCUGUUAG